CUAUAACUCCCACUUGUCAAAAAAACCUCUCGGAGAGAAAGCGUGGAAAGCGCAGUAAACGCAGUAAAUAAAGCAGUUCAUUUCUCUAUAGUAUGUCACAAUGGUUCAUUCUCACGUCUGUUGCAAUGAAAACAAUGAACAAGAAUAUAUGUAAUGUUGACAACCAGGCCCCCGUUGACAACAGUGAAUUUUUUAAUUACAUAUUGAAGCAACUCAAAUGUGAUUUCUGUUAAAAUUCGUAAACAAAUGAAAAGAUGAAAGAAUACGAAGACAACAAUAAUAUUUUAUUCAAAUACUUAUUUAUGGAAAAAUAACUAUUUUAUUAAAAAAAUUGAAAUUGCGACAGUUUAAAUAUCCUUAUGGAAAAUUACUGGAUAUUCAAUAUUUGAUUGAAAAAUCUCAGAGUUAUACAUUUAGAGUAAAGUAACUGAAGUGAGUUUUAAAAGUGAUUGAAACAGUGAAGGAGAAAUUAAAGAUACAACUAUGAAUGGAAUAAUUCCAGAAAUGGAGCAAAUUAUUAGUCAACUGGAACGAGGGACUAUAGUUACAACUUUCUUCAAGAGGUUGGAAAAAAAGACUUUAAUGAUACGCCGAGAAACUAGACAAAUUGUUUGGUCACAAAGUGCAACUAUUAGACCCUUCGAUGGAACUGUUGAAAUUAGAGAAAUUAAGGAAAUUAGAGUUGGUAGUAACACUAAAGAUUUUGAAAAACUAUCAGAAGAUACAAGAAGAAAGGAAAAUUUAAAAUGUUUUAGUAUUUACUAUGGUUCUGAAUUCCGAUUAAAAACUCUUUCGUUAAUGGCUCUAAGUGAAAAGGAAUGCGAAUUGUGGGUGAAAGGUUUAACGCAUUUGGUACAGGACUCAAUAAAUGCUCCUUAUCCUUUGCAAGUAGAAAGAUGGCUUAGAAGAGAGUUUUAUACAAUGGAGAAUACACGAGAAAUGGUUACGCUAAAAGAUUUAAAGGCAUUUUUACCAAAAGUUCAUUGUAAAAUUGCAACCAACAAGCUAAGGGAGCUUUUUCAAGAAGUGGAUAUAAAGAAGAGAUCUGAAUUGGGAUUCGAUGAUUUUGUUAGUCUUUACCACAAACUCAUGUUUAAUGAUCAAAGUGUCACAGAAUGGAGUCCUCUAUUAAGCAAUUUGAAAAAGGAGAAAAUUGUAACACUAGAAGAAUUUCAAAAUUUUCUAAUCAUAGAGCAAGAUAAUCCACUGGGAAAAAAGAAACAAGAGGUGUCGAAAUUUAUUAGAGAUUACCUACAAGAUCCCCAACGUGAUGUACAGGAACCAUACUUUACCAUUUCGGAAUUCAUAAGUUUUCUGUUUUCAAAACAAAAUGAUAUUUGGGAUAGUAAAAAUAAUAAUAUAUUUCAAGACAUGACGAAGCCUCUGUCGCAUUAUUGGAUUGCCUCUUCUCAUAAUACAUAUCUGAUGGGUGAUCAGAUAAGUAGCAUAAGCAGUUGUCAAGCUUAUGUGAGAGCACUGAGAAAUGGUUGUAGAUGCAUUGAAUUGGACUGUUGGGAUGGCCCGGACGGGAUGCCUUUUAUUUUUCAUGGACAUACUUUAACAUCAAAAAUAAAAUUUUUAGAUGUUAUCAAAACAAUCAAGGAGCAUGCGUUUGCAACAUCGGAUUAUCCAGUGAUACUUUCUAUAGAAGAUAAUUGUACCUUACCCCAACAACGUAAAAUGGCAGCUGCAAUGCAAGAGGUGUUUGGAGACAUGUUACUCUCGCAAUCUAUCGACAAGAACGAAUCAUCAUUACCUUCGCCAGAAAUAUUGCGCAAAAAGAUUAUAAUUAAACACAAGAAAUUGCCAGAUGGAGUGGAUGAAGAUUCGUUUGUUGUGCGAAAUGAUGAUAGCAAGCAAGAAGUGGAUUUGAGAAAUAGCAUAAAAAACGGUAUUCUCUACUUGGAGGAUCAUGUUGACAGGCUAUGGUAUCCCCAUUUUUUCGUUUUAACAAAUCAAAAUUUAUUCUACACCGACACUUUUUCCAAAUCUCAAGAAUCGGAAAUGGACGAUGAGGAAAAUAAUACUGUUCGAAAAUCAAGUGAUGGAGUGCCUAAUGAUGAAUUACACUUUGGUGAAAUGUGGUUUCAUGGAAAAUUAGCAAAUGGCAGGGAAGAAGCUGAGAACUUGCUGAAGCAAUACUCCCAUCUUGGAGAUGGUACUUUUUUAGUUCGUCAAUGUGUAACAUUUGUCGGAGAUUAUUGUCUUUCAUUUUGGAGGAGGAAUAAAGUAAAUCAUUGUCGAAUAAAAUUGAAACAAGAUAUGGGUCAAACUCAAUACUAUCUGAUCGACACCAAUUGCUUUGACAGUUUAUAUAGCCUUAUUACACAUUAUAGAACUCAUCCAUUAAGAAGUCAGGAGUUUAUAAUUACAUUACGAGAUCCCGUACCACAACCAAGUAAACAUGAAGAAAGAGAAUGGUGGCAUUCUGAAUGUUCGCGAACCGAAGCUGAGGAAAUGCUGAAAAGAAUUCCUGCUGAUGGAGCAUUUUUAGUGCGGCCCAGUGAAAAAGAGUACAAUUCCUAUGCUAUAUCAUUUAGAGCUGAUAAACAAAUCAAACACUGCAGAAUUAUGUUGGAAGGACGUUUGUAUACUAUUGGAUCAAUUCAGUUUGAGAGUUUGGUUGAACUAGUUAAUUAUUAUGAACGACAUCCAUUGUACAAAAAAAUUAAGUUAUCAUAUCCAGUUAGCAAGGAAGUGACGAGUUGGAAAGGAACGAACAUGGACGAUGAUUCUGUUCGCGGCAUUCCAGGCUACAUGGAUCCCACGACAUUUGUUUCAAAAGUGACUGUAAGGGCUUUAUAUGAUUAUAAAUCCAGAAGUGAUAGCGAACUCUCAUUUGGCAAACACGCUAUUAUAACGAACGUAAAUCGUCAAAGCGGUGGUUGGUGGAGAGGUGACUAUGGAGGUAAAAAGCAACACUGGUUUCCUGCCAGCUAUGUCGAGGAACUAGAUUCUCAAGAAUCUCAAAGUGAUUCUUCAGAUUCAAUGAUGCUUGGGAAUUUACACAAAGGUUCGCUUGACCUGAUGGGAGCAGUAGUUGAAUUGUCCGUUGGAGAAAAUCCGGGCUUAGAAUGGAUUUUAAGAAUACAAAAUUCUAAUCUAUAUUCUGUCUUUGAAGCUGCUUCUCCUUCGAAGGAAUCUGCUCUAGAAUGGAUGACUAAAAUUCAAGAGGCUGUUCAAAGUGCAAGUCUUAGGAAAAAUCAACAUAAACAAAUGGAGAGAGCAUGGAGAAUAGCUAAGGAAAUGUCAAAUCUCAUCGUUUACUGUCGAUCAGUGGCAUUUAAUAUUGAUAGACUUAAAGCCAAGGGUUUUGUUUUUCAUGAAAUGAGCAGUUUUCCAGAAACAAAGGCUGAAAAACUUAUUUGCCAACAAGAAAUUAGGUUUUUUAUUAAAUAUCAUCAGACGCAGUUGAGUAGAAUUUAUCCCAAAGGGUCACGAUUCGAUUCAUCGAACUACAAUCCUAUUCCCAUGUGGAAUACUGGCUCUCAAAUGGUGGCGUUAAAUUAUCAAACUGGCGAUAAACCAAUGCAACUGAAUCACGCAAAAUUCAGAAUGAAUGGAAAUUGCGGUUAUAUUUUAAAACCAGAAUUUAUGUUUAAAGAAGAUUAUAAUCCAUAUGAGAAAAGUAUCGAAUUUCAUUCGGACUCUCUGAGAGUGAAUUUGAGAAUAAUUGGUGCCAGACAUUUAAGUAAACCAAGACGUGGUACGGUAAGUCCAUUUGUAGAAGUAGAAGUUAUUGGAGCUGAAUAUGACACGGAAAUGAAACUAACAACAAAAACAGUUGUUGAUAAUGGAUUUAACCCGAUCUGGAAUGAAUCAUGUGAAUUUGAAAUAACGAACCCAUGUAUUGCCUUAUUAAGAUUCGUCAUUCAAGACGAAGAUAUGUUUGGAGAUAGUAAUUUCAUUGCUCAAGCUACAUAUCCUGUGACGUGCCUAAGAACAGGAUACAGAAGUGUUCCACUAAAAAAUAAUUUUAGUGAAGAUCUAGAACUCGCCUCUCUCUUAGUGCAUAUAAAAGUUGCAAAGUUUUCUGAAAUGAGAACACAACGUUAAGGAAUUUUUAAUGCUGAAGGAAACUUGAAGGAAAGUGUUUGUCCAUCUGUAUAUACAUUGAAAGAGAGAGAAAAUUGUCAUAAAUUUAAGAGGUCUUCCAGAGACAUGCAAUUUUUUAAAUGUGCAUUCAUGUGUAUUCUUAUUUAUAUCAUGCUGCAUAGGAUUAUAAAAUAAUUUCAGCUCCAUGACAUGUUAGUUGUUUAAACUUAUAUCAACUUUUUAUCGACUAAUUAUUUUUUUAAAAAUCAUAAAAAUGUAUCUCAGUAUUUUUUGUAUCAAAAAGUGCCCAGAUAUGGAAACAAUUUGAGUAAAUACAUUUUAUAUCAUGGUUUAUAGGAUUACUAACUUUAA